AUGUAUAAAAAUUCACUUUCAAAAUCAAUAUUCUCCUUUUUGUUACUAGUUUCAACUUUUUCCCCUUACUUCAUCACAAAUAUCAACAGUGUUGUUGUUCAGGCACACGAAUCCUCCUCGGCUCAUCAUGAAACAUCUGAUGCAUUACUAGAGCCUAUAAUGUCUUUGCCUGAUUUAAUUAAAGCCACAACACCGCCACCCAACUACGAAUUAUUAUAUAAUGCCAUACUAAGUGAAGGUCGUAUUAUUUUAACCCCAAAAAGUACCAAUAAUGGUGCCAUUUGGUCUAAAAAUUCUUUAGACAAUGUCCCAAAUCAAUUCACCAUAGAAUGGACCUUUAGAAGUAUAAACUAUUUUGGUAAAACGGAUGGGGGUAUUUCCUUUUGGUUUAUAGACGGUUCCAACUAUGAAAAGUUGGAGCCGAUAGAUGCUAUCAACGGUGGUGAUAUUUGGAAAGAUUUGAAAUUCAAUGGUUUAUUGUUACAUGUCGACAAUAAUGGUCCAACUGGACCCGAAGUUAGAGCCAUUUUAAAUGAUGGUACAAAAACUUUUAAGGACGUUAAUCAAUUCCACGAAUCGGAUUUUGCUUCUUGUUUAUUAAGUUAUCAAGAUAGUUCUGUCCCAAUAACUUUGAGAUUGACUUAUGACAAUAAAGAUGAUAAUAGCUUUUUGAAAGUGCAAGUUGACAACAAGCUUUGUUUCCAAACUAGACAAGUUAGUUUGGAUAAUACUGUAUUAAAUAAUAAAAAAAUUAAAAUUGGUGUUACCGCAACAAACAUUGACAGAAGUAAUAUUAAUAACGGGGAAAGCUUUGAAAUUUUAAAAUUAAACUAUUAUCCAACUAUUAUUGAUGAAUCUUUAAUUCCAAAUGUUAAAACAAUGCCCCAACCAAAAUAUGUCACACAAAUUAUUAAUAAAGACACCGGAGAAGUAACUUAUAAGGAAAAAUCCAUUUAUGAUGAUAAAAAUAUUGACAUGGACUCUUUAUAUGAAAAAUUAGAUAGAAUCGAGGGUAAAAUUUUAGCUAAUGAUAUUUCUCAAUUGUAUCAAAAAUUGGAAGAUAGUGUUGAAUUGAAUAGAUUACAACUGAAAAAGAUUGAUGCGUUGGUGAGCGUAUUAAGUGCAUAUAGUAGAAAUAAUGAUGGUUCUACUGAACAAUCAUCAGGUUCUAUUACUGAGGAUAAUUUUCAAGAUUUUAUUAAAUUGAAUGAAAAUUUAGAAAAAAUAUUAAGUGAACAAGAACGUAUUAGAGAAUUUACUAAACAAGAAAAAAAUUUAAAUAUCAAUGGGGGCAAUAAUGGUGUUAUCCAUGCUGAUGAUAUUAUGUAUAAGUUAACUUUGUGGAUAAUCCCUUUAAUUGUGAUUAUGAUGGUUAUGGCUUAUUAUACAUUUAAAAUCCGUCAAGAAAUUGUCAAAACCAAGUUGUUAUGA